GUGAUUACUAUUCAAUUUAAUCAACAGUCGUAAGUUUGAGUUGAAAGAAGCAUGGGAGGACCGAAUGGCGCGAGUCCUGCGUUUGUGAAAGAAUUUUGAGAAUCUCACUCGGGAGUAGAUGGUUGCUAAUCGCAGAGUUACCUACCGUCGUCGACACUCCUACAACACUGCUUCCAACAGAAUCGAAGUCGUGAAGACCCCUGGUGCUAGAUUGACUGCCCACUAUAUUGAGAAGUCCGUUCAGGCUCCUAAGUGCCGUUGCUGCAAGAAAGUCCUUCCUGGAAUUCCCAGACUGCGACGCACUGUGUGCCGUGUGUAUGGUGGAAAUCUGUGCCACAAGUGUGUCCAUGAUCGCAUUCUGCGUGCGUUCCUGGUGGAGGAGCAGAAGAUUGUGAAGCAGGUGGCUAUGGCUAAGAGCGCUGCUAAGAAGGAGGAGAAGGCUUCCAAGAAGAGCUCGAAGGACGCGAAGGCCAAGAGCUCCAAGAAGACUGCCAAGAAGACUUCCAAGAAGUAAGGCUGUGCUUGAUUUUGGUCACUCAAUGU